CCCUCCUGCCCUUCCCCCAGCAGGCCAAGGCUGGUGACAGCCUUCAUAUAUUUAAAGACGACAAGAGCCCCUCAGACUCAGUUGAGCUGAACGGAGUCCACACAGGCAGACUUGACCUUGACCAGAUAGUCUUCAAGAUGCCAAACUGGGGCGGAGGCGCAAAAUGUGGAGCCUGUGAAAAGACCGUCUACCAUGCAGAAGAAAUCCAGUGCAAUGGAAGGAGUUUCCACAAGACGUGUUUCCACUGCAUGGCCUGCAGGAAGGCUCUUGACAGCACGACAGUCGCGGCUCAUGAGUCGGAGAUCUACUGCAAGGUGUGCUAUGGGCGCAGAUAUGGCCCCAAAGGGAUCGGGUAUGGACAAGGCGCUGGCUGUCUCAGCACAGACACGGGCGAGCAUCUCGGCCUGCAGUUCCAACAGUCCCCAAAGCCGGCACGCUCAGUUACCACCAGCAACCCUUCCAAAUUCACUGGGAAGUUUGGAGAGUCCGAGAAGUGCCCUCGAUGUGGCAAGUCAGUCUAUGCUGCUGAGAAGGUUAUGGGAGGUGGCAAGCCUUGGCACAAGACCUGUUUCCGCUGUGCCAUCUGUGGGAAGAGUCUGGAGUCCACAAAUGUCACUGACAAAGAUGGGGAACUUUAUUGCAAAGUUUGCUAUGCCAAAAAUUUUGGCCCCACGGGUAUUGGGUUUGGAGGCCUUACACAACAAGUGGAAAAGAAAGAAUGAAGAGGUGCGCCAUUUCUCAGAUUUUUUGCGAGCCUAAAACACUUGCCAAGUAAUCCUGCACAGAUGGAUACCUUUCCCCAAAUAGCCUCUCCUUUGUAGUUGUACAUUAUGUGUUUCUCCUCAGAAGUGAUCAGGUCUUUACUGAAUGUUAGAAGAGGCCUUUGGAAGAAAAUUAUGUAAAGUUUAAUCUAUAACAAAUGCUUUAUUAUUUAUAAUGCUUGGAAUGGGAGAGGCAAUAAAUAAAUGUUUUAAUGCUA